AUGUCUAAGCUCUACACCUGCUCUGUUGAACCUGGCUGCAACGAAACUUUUACCAAGUUCGUGGACUUCAAGAGACAUAAAGCCGCACACUCAGCAAGGGGGUACACCUGCACCUGGCCCGGGUGCGACUUUGCGACAAUGGUGAGAAAUAGCUACGACAUCCAUUCUGCUAAACAUACGGGCGAGAAACGCUACGUCUGUCCUAACGAUGGUUGUGACUACAAGACUCACGACCCUGCUCUUUUCACGCGCCACCGCAAGAAACAACAUGGGUAUGUUCCUCUGGCGCGCGGUCGUGGUUCUGCAUCCGUCAAAGGGUCAGGCGAGACCAAGUCAUCGUCCCAGCCCCCGGUACAGCCCCCUCCCCCUGAUACAUUCUACCAAUACAACCUCCAACCCAUGCAACCGCAGGGCGUGCAACCACAACUCAUGCAACAACCACCCGUACCACUCCAACCCAUGCAACCGCAGGUCGUGCAACCACAACCCAUGCAACAACCACCCAUACCACCCCAACCCAUGCAACCACAACUCAUACCACACCAACCCAUGCAACCGCAGCCCGUGCAAUGGCAACCCAUGCAACCACAACCCAUACCACACCAACCCAUGCAACCGCAGCCCGUACCACACCAACCCAUGCAACCACAACCCGUCCCACACCAAACCAUGCAACCGCAACCACAACCCAUACCACACCGAGCCGUGCAAUCGCAGCCCAUGCAACUACAGCUGCAACCGCAAUCGCAACCGAUCCCGCCCCGACACAUGCAAUUCUACCCCACCCCAUACAAACCCCAACCCACUCCAUAUCAGCCUCCCCCACCUGUCUACAACCCAUCGUUGGGAGUCUUCUACGACUCAGCAGAUACCGCGGACGACUAUACCAUGUAUACCGGACCCGCGAGGGAUUCCAAUGGGUGGACUGAGGGAUGCAUGUGUCCUGAAUUGAUGCAGAGGCGCCCUUCAGAGAUCCUGUGGUCUGAAUAUGGAGGUUUUUAA